AGUCUAUGCUUUUUCCCGAGUAGGGAAGACCUGUUCAUGCAGAGGAUGUAAAGAAAUAGAACGCCUUCUGUCGCAUGACAUGACGGGGAGAACAGAAGAAUAUAAGAAGAAGUUCUGGAAAGAUUUUGCUAAGGACUUGGAGGACGCCAAGGAAAUCACACCAGAGGCAGAGAAGGAUACCAUCUCAUUAGUGUCAGGCAUUUAUAAAAUUAUUCCUAAAGUGUUUAAGGGCAUUGCUAUUCGCCUUAUGCAUUUUUUCACUCCUAAAGGUAUUUGUAAUACAGCUACAGUGAUAAAGAACAUUGCAGUAUGUCUUGCAGAAUGGAAAUGGGGAACCACAAAUAACUUUCUCUACAAAUGGAAGAGUAAUAUCCCCCUCUCCAGUAAAAAGCACAUCUCUUUAGUUGAUGCGGGCUUGGAUAUCAAUAUUGCAUUUCCACUAAUGUUACCUCCCCAUCGCAACAUAGACCUCAUACUGUCUUUUGACUUCAGUGAAGGAGAUCCAUUCGAGACACUUAGAAAAACAGCCAAACAAUUUCCCUUUCCGAAAAUAACUAUAGAAGAUAAGGAUGUGAAGAUUCCAUCAAAAAGCUGCUACGUUUUUGAGGGAGAUGGUGACGGUAUACCUGAUGUCAUGUAUUUCCCACUUUUUAACAACCAAACGUCUGAAGGAAAAGUAGAUGAAAUGAGGGAAAAGUAUGCCACCAUCCACAUCUCCUAUGAUGAGUCUCAGGUGAAAGAACUCCUAGAGGUAUCGAAGAAUAAUGUGGAAAAGAACUACACCCAGAUACGAGAGAAAAUAAAGCAAUGUGUUCAGAGGCAUAACCUGAAGAGGACACGGGAGGCAGCUGCCUAUGGUGUAAUGAACACAGGGGGAGCAAUGGAAGAAAAAAAUAAAGAUAAUUAAAAACAUCUGUGUGUUUCUGUUCUGUCUGUGGUUUACAAAUAAAUGGGACUUUAGCCAAGUA